AUGGAUACAAGGAAGCGGCUUCAAUACUACGCGCUGGCUGAGCCAGAUCCGAGAACUGGUAUCUGCAAAGCCUUCCAACUGAAGGGCGGCACGACAGGUGUCUACUUCUUUCCCGAAUUCCGAGACCCGGAUGACAACCUCAUCGCCUCGAACAAACGGUGUCGCGCGUGGGCUGCUUCGAUCAUGGAAGCUGCUGGCAAGAAGGAAGACGACAGCGACGAAGACGACGGCAGCGGGCAAGAUGACGAACACGACGACAACGGAGACGACACUAAGGGCAAGGAAAACAAGCCAGCAAAGCAGAAGUCAGAUGAAGGCAAGGGCAAGUCCAAAAUUAAGACAGGCUUAAGCAUGUCCAACAAAGGCAAGUCAGCGGUUGCCGGGGCCGGCGUCGGUGCCGCGAGCUCGUUCGGUACCCAGACCCAGAAUGAUCUGUGGAACGCCUCUGCUUCAACCUUCCCACCUUCGGGAGCGAGCCGCAUCACGGAGCUCAAAGCUCGGCUUGCCGACUUGCGUUUGGAGAUGAGCCCGAAGCUGUACAACGAGAUCAGAGUGGAGAUGGAAGGACUGACGAAGGUCAACUUUCCUCCCUUUCCUGACUUGGCGUACCUUUGGUCUUUCAUUUGUAAAAGGCGGCUCAACUUACGACGUGCAAGGCUGGCGGUGGAUGAGUUCUUCCGCCUCUAUUCACACUUGAACCGCCAGUCAUUGACGAAGCUGAAUCACUUUUUGGUUCACGCCGCAUCUAUAGUGUUGCGCAGCGACACGGAAGGCAUCGUGACCCUGAGCUUGGAUACAGUCAAGGACUUCCUGGUGACCCUCGCAUACAUCUGCGACGCCAGAUAUGCUGACGAGGCAGAAGUGAAGAAUAAGGUGUUCCUCGCUUUUGAAAUGGUUCGAGAGCAACCAGACGCCUUUCCUCAGUCGAACGAAACCACCCAUCAGGACAGGAUUCGAACUUUCCUUACCGAUGCAAUCGAUAACAUGGAGAGACAGCUGGUCGUCCACGUGGAGAAUAGCCGGCUUGCAGCUAGCCUUGGUGCAGGACAACACACGACAGGUGCUGCCAUCGUCGAACGAUGGGUCAAGAGGUUGAGAGAACCAUCCUCCGGACGCAUGCAAGAGCCGCCGCGUCCGUCAAAGAGGCUUCGACAGCUGGUUGUCGAUGAAGAUGAAGAUGAGAGUUUGCCGGAGGCCGAGCUCGAUGGCCCUGGCUCGAAUGCCAGCUCGAAUGGAGAUAGUCUUGCAGCAGCCGGCUCUACUGGAUAUAGUGCUGGCACUCCAAGCCAUCAACAUGCCGAAGGCGAAAACCUCUUCUCGAGCUCUCGCCCUGCUCCAGACGAUUUCCAUGAUGCGAGCUCCCACAUUGCCGAGCCAAGCACCGUCGAAGUCAAGCCUAGUGGUCCAGGCACCCCUCCUGGCACCCCUCCUGGCACACCCAACUCCGACUCGCACCUCAGCGACCCAGAGUCUCUGGUCACUGGACCAGGCUCUCCCAAGGAUUUGGAUUCACUUGCCGUGCUCCAGCUAUUCAACGAGUUUGAGAAUUGA